CUCAUGGACCAUCAAAUCGACACCUUAUUGGAGCUUACCAGAGCUCGCCAAGGGAAGAUGGCUCCAGCUCGUGUCAGCGAGCUCCAGACAAAAGCAGAUACCUGGAGAGCACGAAUCAGAGAUUUGUACUCCAACCUACUCUUUGAAGAUCAUGUAUCCAUAUAUUCCGAGAGUUUAAGAGUUGAAUUUUACAAACCAAGUAUUUCCACCGGCAUUAGAUUAAGCGUUGGAGACUUUGAAAAUCUUAUUGUGUUUGAGUUCUCCAACAACAAGUUUGAUUUGGCAAACAAAUGGUUCGAUAGAUUCGAUCAAGAGUUCAACAUGGACCAAUAUACCCCAAAAAUGUGGGACAUACGAUUCAAGAUUAACGGGGGGGAUCCGAGACUAUGGAAGGUAUACGAAAAUGAUGUGUUCAUAGUGAAUACAAACGUGGCCCAUAGUUACUAUAAAAGGAUGCCGUUGAGUCAGUUGUUGAACUCGUUUUUAAAGCAUAAUAAGCUUGAGUCUCAGAUUGAAAAUAUCAUUUUGUGUCUCGGGUACUACAGAAAAGUCGACAGCAUAUAUCAGUUGAUCCACGAGAUAUACGGAGUGGACGUUAGUGGAGAAAAAGUACCAAACAAAAUCAUUUCGGAUACCAAUAUCAGUAUUGGCGUUUUGAAUUCCAUUGUCAUUGCAUUAUCUUACAACCACCGGUAUUUCGAGUCGAUGAAAUUCAUCAAUGCAUUUCAAAGCCACGCUAGUGUAUACUUGGAGAGCCAAGAAGCUGGGUUCUUUUGGGGGAAUCUACUCAAAUGGACAGACUUGACCACCAAGUUCAAUAAGAAAAUGGUAUUGGACUAUUACAUUAAGAAUAUCAACCCCCAAGCCAAACAUUCGACACUCCCAGAUCUCAUGAAUGAUGUUAACUUUGAUUACGAAAGAUAUCUACAGUUUACCGAGGAUUUGAUACAGAAACGAGUGAAUAUCAUGAGGCAAAUCUGGUCUCUCUUUCAGAGUUCCAAUGGCAGAUUUUCAGUGGUUGCAUACAAAACUUACUGGAAUUUCCUUAAGAGGCUGGGCACUGAACAAGAAGUAUUUGAGUUUUUGGAGUUACUCAACAGCCAUAACUACCAGUUCUCUGUCACCAGAGGUUCAUUUAACUUCAAGUAUCUUGGUCUUAAUAACACCCUAUGGUCAAUACAAAGUUUGUACUACCAAGCCAUCAAGUGGAUGAUUGAAGCCAAGUUGAACAACCAGCUUGUGGGACAAGUACAACCUUUGAUCAAUGAAUGGUGCUUGGAUUAUCAGAUGAGAGCCGAAGCUACGCAGUUUUUCAAGACCAGAUUGCCCAAAUUGGCCAAAAAGAUCGAAGAAAAGAGAGAACAAGAAAUGAUUAAACAACGACAAGAUGAUGAACCUUUCUUAGAGCUAUUCUAGCAUCCACCAGUUUAAUUAGCUAGUUGAUAUAUAGAGGAUAAAUUUAUUUGGGGUAUAUCUU